GCGGUAGUCGAUUUGGUUCUCUCUGGUGUUUUCACUAGCUCCGGCCUGUGGCGCUCUGUGACGUCACGGAAGCGACGGAGCGGAAAAGCGCGAGAAGCGGCUGGGUUCCCUCGGCGCAGAGGCGGUAGUGACACAGGCACAACUGACAGUGGCAGAGGCUCAGCUGAUAGGGACUGGGGACGGCGGUGUCCUUGUCUUGCCUUUGUCGCUCCCGCCCCUCUCUUCCCUGGCUGGGCUGGCGGAGUCCGCGCCGAAGAACCUAAGGAGCCAUAUAUUGAAGACCAUGUCUGGGAGCUUCUACUUUGUAAUUGUUGGUCACCAUGAUAAUCCAGUUUUUGAAAUGGAGUUUUUGCCAGCUGGGAAGGCAGAAUCCAAAGACGACCAUCGUCAUCUGAACCAGUUCAUAGCUCAUGCUGCUCUCGACCUCGUAGAUGAGAACAUGUGGCUGUCGAACAACAUGUACUUGAAAACUGUGGACAAGUUCAACGAGUGGUUUGUGUCAGCAUUUGUCACCGCGGGGCAUAUGAGGUUUAUUAUGCUUCAUGACAUAAGACAAGAAGAUGGAAUAAAGAACUUCUUUACUGAUGUUUAUGAUUUAUAUAUAAAGUUUUCAAUGAAUCCAUUUUAUGAACCCAAUUCUCCUAUUCGAUCAAGUGCAUUUGACAGAAAAGUUCAGUUUCUUGGGAAGAAACACCUUUUAAGCUGAAUGCAGAAAAUUCCAAAAUAAAUGAUACCACCAGAGUGGUGUAAACUCAGGAAUGUGUACAUUGUAAGUUACUUGAUUAAAUAGCUUGGAAAACUUUUGUGUAUUCUCAGCUUAUCUGAACUUAA